UUUAUUGUAGACCUUCAUCACUAAUGCAUUUGUUUGCAGGUACCAGCAAGGCCGAACCAUAUAAAAUCGGUGAAAGGACAACUGAUAUCAUGCUUGAAAUAUUAAAUUUGGACAAGAAAGAGGUUGUCUCAAUUAAUGGAAUUUCAAAUCAGGAAUUUACUGAGAUGGGGGUUAGAGAAUACGAUCAAAGGGAAAACAUCAGAUAUGGUGAUUCCCAGCCAAGCAGUGGCUUCUUAGGCACCCAACAUUUUGCACAACCAAACAUGACCAGAACUUCUAAACCUACACGAUUCACACUCAAUGAGCAAGAAACAUCUCAAGAACUCAUUGGGAUCGGCGAUCAAAAUUGA